CCGAAACUAGAUUAUUUUUUGGCCUCCACAUUAAACAAUCAUGGCUGCUGACAUGGCUGAGUUUGACGAAUUGCAAGCUCCUGCUACCGAAAACCCUCCCCCUGCCACAGAGGAAGAUCCCGCAGCAGCAUUUCUGGCUAGAGAACAAGAUCAGCUUGCAGGAAUUGAAGAUGAUGACUUCGGAAUUGGUUCAGAACCCGCACAAACCGAAACUGUCCCCGUUACCGAUACAACUCAACAGCAAAAUGACUUGGAUCCUCUUGCUGGUAUGGGUGGUGACAUGGAAAGUGAAAAGCCAGCUGAUGACAUGCAAACAAAUGGACCAUCAGACUUGUACUCUGCCAUCUCACAAGCAGACACGAGAGCAAAUGAACCAGAGAAGAUCCGUUUAUGGAGAGAAGAACAGAAAAAUAUACUUGCAAAGAAAGAUGAAGAAGCUGACAAGCUUGAAUUAGAUUGGAAAGAGUCUGCUAAGAAGGAGAUUACAGAUUGGUAUGCCAGGCAAGCUGAGCAAUUAGUCAAAGCAAAAGCAUCAAAUAGGGCGGCUGAGGAAGCGUUCAUCGAGAAACGUGAUGAGGUAACACCGGGUCAGGAAUGGGAACGCAUCGCUGGUCUUUGUGAUUUUAAUCCAAAGAACAACAAGAAUCUCAAGGACAUCACACGCUUUAGGUCAAUACUCCUUCACUUAAAGCAAUCAGGUGUUCAGCCCUCCAAAUAAAACAUAUCUAGUCUAGUCAAGAAAUAGCUGUCAACCUUUGUGGUAACUUUGUGUUUAUUAUUAUUCAGUGGAUCAUUUUUUUUUCUCUCGUUCCAACAAUUAAUUCCUAGCAGACUGCCCAGAUCACACCCUAUAAGAUGAUAACAGGAACUUCAAAGAAUAUACAUGUGAUUUAUAGGUUUUGCUUGUUGGAUUCUGUUAAUCUUUUCAGAAUAGCUGUGUCUGAUUUGUACAAAUAAGAUAAAACAGACACAAAACCAUAGCAUUUCUCUAGUGCAAUUUAUAACUUGUCAGAAUUAGAUAGAGAUACAUGCUAACAAUUAAAAAAAAUAUAUAUUUAUCUAUACCAUUUUUCUCCAGUUUUUAUGGUUUUUUCAGAAUAAGAUAUUAUUUUGUUUAGCUGCCACAUUAUUUAAAAGAUAACCAAAGAGUGUCCUGAUACUUUCCAUCAUUUUUUUAUUCAUUUACCCACAAAAAAUAACUAUUUUCUAGUCCUUCCAGGAUGAUGGUUGGGGGAUAUUU